ACCACGAGGUGAUGCGCUUCAUGGGGAACGACACGACUGAGCAGGACUUCAAGCUGGUUUUGUAUGAUUCCUCGGGCUCUCUACUAGUCGGCGGCAGAAAUGUGAUAUACAACCUCAGUGUGUCAGACCUGCAGGAACAAACUCGGGUCAUAUGGCAUCCCAACAAAGGCCACAAGAAGUCCUGUUUGAUGAAAGGUGGCACAGAGAACAACUGCCAGAACUACAUAAGGAUCCUGAUGGAGAAGUCGCCUGGCAGUUUCCUCAUCUGUGGCACCAACGCGUACAAUCCUAUGUGCCGGGAGUUUAGGCUGGCGAAUGGACUCCUGGAGCAAGAAAAGGAAUUCCCAGGACGUGGUUUGUGUCCCUUCGAUCCAGAGCACAACAGCACCGCCGUGUAUGCAGAUGACCAACUGUAUGUAGCCACCAUCGCGGACUUCGCGGGGCUGGAGCCGCUAAUCUACCGCAACCCGCUGAGAACAGAGCAGUAUGACCUAGCCACCCUCAAUUAUCCAAAUUUCGUGAGUUCUUUUGCACUGGGAGACUUUGUAUAUUUCUUCUUCCGUGAAAUUGCUGUGGAGUAUCUUAACUGUGGCAAGACCCUGUAUUCGCGAGUGGCCAGAGUCUGCCGCCAUGACAAGGGUGGACCACACAAGUUCCGCAAUAAGUGGACCUCCUACCUCAAGUCCAGACUCAACUGUUCCGUCUCAGGGGACUUUCCCUUUUAUUUCAAUGAGAUCCAGGCUGUCACAGACCCAGUAGAGGGACGCUAUGGGGGUCACGCCACAACCCUGGUCUAUGGUAUCUUCACAACACCUGAGAAUUCCAUUCCUGGGUCAGCCAUCUGCGCCUUCACUUUCCAGGACAUCAUGGAUACGUUUGAAGGGCCUUUCAAGGGACAAACAUCAGUACAUGCCAAUUGGUUGCCUGUGCAAUCCACAAAGGUCCCUGAACCCAGACCAGGCCAGUGUGUGAAGGAUUCCAGUACACUGCCUGAUGUCACUCUUAACUUCAUCAAGUCUCAUUCUCUCAUGGAUGAAGCGGUGCCUGCAUUCUUUGGUCAACCCGUCAUGAUCAGCACCAGUUUUCGGUACAGCGGACGGUUCACUGCCAUCACGGUGGAUCCUCAGGUGCGCACCGCUACUAAGAAAGCAUAUGACGUACUCUUCAUUGGAACAGAUGAUGGGAAAGUGAUCAAGGCCAUCAACACCAAAUCAGCUGACUCAUAUCAGGAAGUUGACCCAUAUAUCAUUGAGGAGAUUUCAGUGUUUCCUUCCCAUGUUGCUGUCACCGUCCUUCGGGUAAUAAGACCCAGAGGGAAGUCUCCGCGCCUCCUAGUGGGAUCACACUCUAGAAUCUACACCAUUGCUCUGGCUCGUUGCUACAAAGACAAGAUAAUGUCCUGCAGUGAAUGUGUGGCCCUACAAGAUCCCUACUGCUCAUGGUAUAAGGAUAUACGCAAGUGUCAACUAACUACUCAAGACAAGGAGUCAAUCCAGAAUGUGAGUGAAGGUGUACAUAGUGACUGCGGCAAGCCUGAAAUAAAGACCAAAGAACCUUCUGCGUCAGUUGACAAAUGGGACACAACUGGUUCACCUCCCACUGAUUACGGACACACAAAUAAUAGAGAUCGCAAGCUUCCCAGCACCACAAGCGUCCCUCUUCAGUUCACUGCUGAAACUCUUGCUAUUGCUGUAGCAUCAGCAACCAUUGGUGCACUUAUAUUAGGAUUCAUCACUGGAUUUUUCUGUGGCAAGAAAUGCAACAAGGAUGAGGACAACCAGCUGUAUGCCGACACUGACUACGAAUAUUUUGACCAAAGGCAGAACCCAAAUAGCGGUCAAGCUGGGGAGUUUGGGGCCAUGGCAGUGAUGAACACUGGCUGCGUUCAGUAUCCCGCGUCACAGCCUGAUGCGCCUCCUCACUUCCACCCACCUCCCAACAAGCUCUCAGAGCCGUCUCACUAGCGACCUGCCAGAAGAGGUGACUUAUGCUGAGCCAGUGCUGGUGCCUCAGUCCCUGAACAAGCCUGUCAACCUAGUGUUGAACAUGUCUCCCAAAGCUACCCUCAAGACCCCUGGCUCAAACACACCUGGGGGAAAUGUAGGCACUGUAGGAGCCCCCAUGGGACCUUCCCUUGGGCUUCCUACUACAGGAGUCUCAGCAGGCCCCCAUGACAUACCCUUACACUACACUCCAGAAUCUUACUCCACCCAUGGCACCCUACGCUCCUCUGAGAAGUAUGGCACACGGGGGCGUGACCACCGCCAAAGGGACUUUGACCACAGGCUAGAUGGCUACUCUACUACUCGCUCUGUCAAGAAGGUGUACCUGUGAGGUGCCUGCUGUCAUGAAGUCCUGGCCCCCUCUCUUCCCUCAAAGGGCCCUCAUGUGUUCCAUACAUGGGAUACAUGAGUCUUUGCCUUGUCCUAGCUUAGCAUAUGCCAGAAGCGCACGGAAGGGCCGGCCAGCCGCACCCAGGCCAGUGGUAUACAGAAAUGUUCCACUACCCCCUGUGAGUGCCAUGCAGCGGGCCCAUCUGGCCCCUCUCGCCGCCAGUAUUAUGUAUAUACUGUACCACCUUAGUGCCAAGAGACACUUCUGCUCCUUCAGUAAAUCUCCUAUAAUCAAAGUAUUCUGUAGCUAGUGUCAUGUAAAUCAAACUUCUGGGUCAUGAGAGUGCUGGCAAUACUCCAUUAUGACUAGCAAGCAUGAGAAGACAUAGGGUGUAAGAAGUGACUUAGAUUAAUUUAGAAACAAUGUAAUGUUAAUACUCUGGAAAUUAUAUGAAAAUAAGUAUGUGACCAUUGACUGAAUUUAUCACCAAGCAGCAAAAUAGUGAAAGGAAUCAUGAGCCAGCAAAACAAACAAACAAUUGAUAAUCAUACUCUGGUUUAAUGGAAAACUCAUUUAAGACUUUUCAUGACUGAAAAUUAUCUGCAGCCCAAGGAGCAAGGCCACAUAGUGCUGGCCUGGGCAGAACUGAAAGUGCACAUUAUUUAAGGUGUUGAGUAGAGUGCACAUGAAAGGCCUUUCUUUUUAUUUGUUUCUUUUUAUUUUCUCCAUAAGAUUAAGCCAAGUGUGAAUUAAUGACUGUAAUUACCAGGACACUGUAUAGCUUCUUGGUUUUUACAGUAAAGCCACUGAGCACAGGAUUUAUAUUGGCUUUUCUGUGUCAGGUCACACUGACAUCAGAAAACUAAACCAAAGCACACUGUGGGAGUGUCCCUGCAGCAGCCACUGAAGGAAGUGCUAGGUCAUAGUGUCCCAUAGUGUGGUACUUUACAGCCUGACAGAUGUGAAUGUUUAACCCUUGCCCUGUUUAGUUGGGCCACAACAAUGAUCUGGACACUACCAUCACACCUGUAUGUAUAAGGUACCCUAGCAGGGAUCAGUUACUUCCCUGUUCUUGGCUAGUAUAUAUAUAUACAUGAAUAUAUAUACUAAUGUAACAUAUGACCCAUUGCUAUUGCUAUAUUCUCAUAGACAAUUUUUGCCUGGAAUUCCUUCUGUCUCAGACUUAUGGUAAUUUUUAUUUAGAAUGGAUGAAUUGUAAAUAAUGUACUCUUUGUCUAAUGUAGAAGCAGUUAUAAGUAGAUGGCAGGAUCAGUGAUUUUUAAGCCUCUGAUACGUAUUCUUAAAGCCUGAUCCCGUCUGUAGCUUGGGUAUGACUUUGGUGUAAAACCUAAUACAGGUUCAUAAUUGAUGAUCUCCUCACAAACAUGAACUAACAAGUCAUAUUCAACAAAUACCCUAUGUCUAAUGAGGAAAGAAAAUGGGGAAGUUACAUUCCUAGGGAGAUGAAAUUUUCCUUAGUAUUAAAUAGUGUUAAUGUGCACAGUCUAGUGCUAAAAAAAAAAAAAAUCAUUCACAAUGAUUAUUCCACUGAAGAACAUACAUAAAACCCCCUUCAAUAAUUAUAGAAGGAAGAACAUUGUCUGGUCAAGUAUGUGGUGUCAGCCUUGUGGCAGAGGCUGUGGAGACUUGCAAGACCCAUCCUCUCUCACCCAACUGGUGGGACUACAUUUCCCUUCUGAAGCAUUUAUAUUUGUAACUCAUAUCUUUUAUUAAGUGGCACAAAAGGGGCACAAAAUAUUGGUGCUUUUGACUAAUCUGAGUAUUUUCUUCUCAUUUACCAGUGAGAGAAAGUAAUGAAUGAGUCUAGAUAUAGGCAGUUUGAACUAGAGGAAAUAAGAUGGCUCUAAAAGAUUAUGCCUCUCCAAAAUGACUGAUGAGCAUCAUUAGGUAAAUCUUAACAUUACUGGUAGUAUUGUGCCAGUAUAAAUGACAAGCUCUCAAAUAAGAUUUUUCUCAAUGCUACAAAGAUACUGUAGUCAGUUCACAAAGUGUGCAAAGAUAUUAUUUACAAUCUUGCAUAUACGUGUUAUCAAAACUAAAGCUAUUGAAGUUUCAGAAUUGGAUAAUUUAGUUCAUAUUUCAAAAUUUUCAAUAUUAAGCCCUCUUUUUUAUUGUUUUGUUUAUCUGUUAAGGAUGUUGAAAUUACAAAGAAAACUCAAACAACAUUACAUUGAAUGAUUGACAGUUAUAGUGUCCUGAGAGCCUUGUUGUGAUGAAGUUUUGAGGGGUACUCCAUAAUUUAUCUUUGUCAUUAUUCAUGCAUACUGCGCAUUUCAUCUUAGGUCCGAGAUUGUAAGGCUAGAAGUAUGAAAAUAAAGAAUAAAGGGGAUUUUUUAAUAAAUCACAGUGGUAGAAGAGUUGGUGUACAGCGUAGCUUUGUGGUGACUGUAGUGUGGGUUUUGCUUAUGGCUGUAAGGGUGAGGCAGAGUUCUGGCAUGGAGUGGUCACAUCCUUCACACCAAAUUUCUCCCAUAAAAAUUCAAGAAAUCAUUUAGCCUCUCUCUCCCUCAUGUUGGUGGCUGCCAGGGUGGGAGGGGCGGAAAGGAGGGCCACCAGAAGCAAGAUUCUGGUCGCAAACUCAGAUUGUUUAAAGCUGUGACUCAACUAGGCUUGCGUUCUGUCAGAUACAUGUCAGGAGUUGUGUAUUUUAGGCAGAUUUCCUCAAACCUUCACUGUGACUGUUGCUCUUCAAACAAAUUAUUGUUUAAACCAAUUAUCGAAGACCAUUUUGAAAAAUAGUGUUCAACAAUAUAUACUUUCCUGUACUUCUCUUGAAAAAGAAAUUUAGCCUUCUUUAGAUUCUUGAUUAGGAAGACUUCAAUAUGUAACUUCUAGUUAGGUAAAAAAAAAAAAUAGCAAAAAAUAAAAGUAAUAGGAAAUUAUUCAUCAUCUGCAAACUUGUUUCUGAAAAAUUAUAGUUGCUGUGGGAGUAAGAGUGAGGAGCAAGGCGGGUUAGACCAGUAGCAAAGUGAGUAGUGCUGUUAGUGAUGCUUGAGGUGACAUGCUGCUGAGAUCAGUAUACAGGGGUCUGUUCUGAAGCUCUGUAGAUAAAAAAGAUACUGCACCUGUUUAUCUUAAAAGCUUAGUUCUUCUGCUCAUGAAAAAGGUUUGAGGAUAGUAUCUAAUUCUAGGCUUAUUGAAGGACUGUAUCAUAAGGAUCAAGUGACUGCAUUACACCCAGUACUGAGCAAGCCAUAAUAUUAAUGCAUCAUGUAGUGGGGAGAUGGUCUGUCCCAGCUUUUACCACACAGUCCAGUGCUCAUGUGUCACUUUGAUAUAUUACCUGAUUAUAAAGUUCAGGAAAGCAGUUGGUCAUUAGACAUCUAGACCUCAGUACCAUCAGUGUAGAAAGAACUGUGUGGUGGUGCUGGUAGAACCCAUCACCCUCUGUGGCAGCUAAUGUGUCAUCAAAUUUGAAAAAGAAAAAAUACCAUAUAGUGUACAAGAAUUUAUUUUGGGUUAUUUCUUCCAUGGAGAGGAAUUCAGUUCUUAUGUGAUAAUUAACCGAACAUUUAUACAUAUUAUUUUUAAAAGGCAGUAGUCAUUAUCAUUAGAAUUGCAAGGAACUUAAGAAUUAGAGAUGCAUCAAGUAAACGGUGGCAUGGUCAGCCCCUAGCCUCAUGUAGCCCUACCCCGCCCUGCCCUGCCCCGCCCCCACCCCACCCUUGAACACCCUUGGCGGCCCCCAAUCUCCAAACUUCCCAUAGGUACAUGCUUCCCGCCCUCCCUCUGCCCCGUGCAGGAACACACCAUCAUUGUUAUAAUAAAAUGUACAUUAAAAA